ACUUCUCCUGUUUUGCCACGUGGAGUUUUCUCUAUCUCUCCUGCGUCCUUUCCCUUGUUUUGUUUUCCCCUCUCAUAAAAUCUGAGAAUCAUGACACAGAGAGGAAACCCUAGAAAAUAAUUUAAGUGAUAUCGCAGGUUCAUGUGUUUGUUUAGUAUAUGCAGUCUUAGCUUGAAGCUUUUGAGCCGUUCACUAGAGAAUUGAUGUACAAUGAUAGCGCUGAAGAAAGAAGAAGAGAUGGAGCUGGAGUUAGGAUUGUCAAUUGGUGGAGGUUUCAAAAGGUCAGAGAAAGUGAACCCCAUCAAAAGCGAACCGGUUCAGUUUGAAAGUAUGAGAGAUCCAAGAACUAGUUGUUUCGAUACAGAUCAGAGAGAUAAUCAUCCAAAAAUUUCGACUGCUCUCCAGCUUGAAAGAAUGGGUGUUGAGCCCCAGGUAAAACGCGAAGUUGAGGCAUUACGGAGACAGGAAGCUAAGAAGAAACGACAAGAGAAACAGCAACGUAAAGGAAUAACAGAAAGUGAAGAGUGCAUCAACGGUGGUUUUGGAGUUAUACACGAUAACAAGAUGUGGUUAAAAUCACCAAAACUCGAGACUAGAGAACGGGAGUUUGAUGUAAACGAAAGAGAAUGCAAGAAAAAUAGAGUAGAAGAUAACGGAUCCCGAAACAGUAAUGCGGAGAUGAAAAUGAAAAAUGUGAAUCUCAAUUUUACCGUAGAGCAAAAUAUCAACAACAUGAAUCAAAAUGACAGCUUAAGUUCUAAUCCAACUGCAUUCUCCUCGCCUGCGGUUUGUCCGGUUAUGUACCCUUACCCAUCGAUACAGUUCGUCCAGCUCCCGAACGGGUUACCGUAUCCUUGUGUGAAUGUGGUGCCUUUUUGGGGAAAUGGUGGAGUUAGUAUCGGGAAUGGGCAGACUGCGAAUGUGGUGCAGUCUUUGGUAAAUCAGAGUUUUAGGCCGUUUCCAUCAGGUCAUAGUCAUCUACUCGGUUUCAAUGUAGGUGAUGGGUGUGCUUCGGACCAGAAUAGCAGGAAAGCAGGGUCCCAUGGCUCGCCCAUGGGCAGUUCCUCUGCAGUUUCGGAUUACCGGAGCUCUUCUUAUGAAGGUGGUGGCAGUAGCGAAACCAGAAGUCAUUCAAUUUACUCCUUGCCAGACCAACAUGAUCCAUUCAAUGGCUCAAAAGUAAAUGAUACAAAGGGCCAGUCUGAACACAGUGCAUCAUCGCAUUUGAGGGAAGCUGCUCAAGUUUAUGAUGAAACAACAAACUGUAUCAAGCCAAAGAAUACAUCAAAUAAUACUCAAUGCAGCCCAGCUGCAAACUGUACGCCAAACUGUAUCGAGCAAAAGAUUUCAUCUAACAUUGUCCAGUUGAACCCAUCAAAUAAACCUAUGGAAGGUGUGUCCACUACUGAAAAUCGACCCUCUGGUGUAUUGAAGGAAUCCAAGAGGGACAUAGGCAAGCCUCCCAAAUCUCAAAUUCAGAAUCAAAAUACUCUUUCCCUUCCCCAAAUGCCAUGUGUUUCGACGACUGGGAAUGGUCCCAAUGGAAAAACUAUUAAUGGGUUUCUGUACAGAUAUACAAAAACGGAGGUUAGCAUCAUUUGUGUCUGCCACGGAACUUCCUUCUCUCCCGCUGAGUUUGUUCAGCAUGCUGGAGGCACAGAUGUAUCGAAUCCUCUGAAGCAUAUUACCGUGAUUCCAUCUGCCAUUUGAAUGUACCUAGCGUAUCUAAUUUUUUAUUUAUUGUUUUUUGUUAGCUGCACAUGAAGUUGCAGAGAAGGUUGAUGGGUUUGUUGUAUGAGAUAGCUAGGUAGAUGGUAUAUACUUUUGACUUAUGGAGCUCUUCCUGUCACAUAGAUGGAGGAGACUCGUCUAUCUUUUUUUUUUUUUUUU